UUGUCUUUGGCAGGAAAGAGACCAGACUCAGAGGAACCAGAGGCAUCCAAACCAGCAAGACCACACCACUGCUCUCAGUGUGGAAAGAGUAUUACUAAGUUAGGGAACCUGAAAGACCAUGAAAGAAUACACACAGGAGAAAAGCCCUACCAAUGUUCCCAGUGUGGAAAGAGUUUUACCCAGUUAGGAAGCCUGAAAUCACAUAAGAGAAUACACACAGAAGAUAAGCCUCAUCACUGCUCCCAAUGUGGAAAGGGUUUUACCCAGUUAGGACACCUGAAAAAACAUGAGAUAUUGCACUCAGGGGAGAAGCCUUACCACUGUCUCCAAUGUGAAAAGAGAUUUUCCUCAUCAAGGUGCCUGAAAUCACACGAGCGGACACACUCAGGAGAAAAGCCUUACCACUGUUCCCAGUGUGAAAAGAGUUUUAGCUGGUCAGGGCAACUGAAAGAGCAUGAGAGAACACACACUGGAGAGAAGCCGUACCACCACUGCUCCCAGUGUGGAAAGAGUUUUUCCUCAUCAGGGUCCCUGAAAUCACAUGAGAGGGCACACUCAGGAGAAAAGCCUUUCCAAUGCUCACAUUGUGAAAAGAGUUUUACCCAGUUAGGGAGCAUGAAAAUACAUGAGAGAACACAUACAGGAGAAAAUCCCUGUGUGGAAAGAGUUUUACCGAUGUAGGGAACCUGAAGACACAAGAUAACACACACAAGGGAUAAAUAGCUUUCCCACUUCUCCCACUGUGAAAAUCCACACCUGAAAAAAGCAUUAUCAAUACUCUGUGAAAAGCUAUUUACCCAGUUAGGAGACCUGAAAGACCAUGAGUGAACACAGAGGAGAUGCCUUACCGCUGCUGUCAGUGUCAAGGCUCAGGAGAAGACCCAGAUGCAGACAGUUUCGAAGUAACAGAAGUUUUUAUUAUGAAAACAGGGAGGCAGGCAAACGACAUGUCAAGGGCAGGCAGAGGUCAGUAGUCCAGAACAGAGUUCGAAAGAUACAGAACGGCAGGCAGGUUCAGGGCAGGCGGAGGCCAGUAGUUCAGAACAGAGUUCGUAAGGUACAGAACGGCAAGCAGGCUCAAGGCAGUCAAAAACCGGGAAAACAGGAGCUAGAGACAGACAUGAGCACAGGAAAAAACGCUGGUAGGCUUGACGAAACAAAAACUAACUGGCAACAGACAAACAGAGAACACAGGUAUAAGUACACUGGGGAGGAUGGGCGACACCUGGAGAGGGGUGGAGACAAGCACAAAGACAGGUGAAACAGAUCAGGUUGUGACAGUCUGUGGAAAGAGAUAGUUCACGUCACAUAGCUUUAACUUAAAAUUCAUGAGAAAUUCAUGAGAACACACUCCCAUUAUCUUAUUUUUGAAUGAAAAUGUAUGAAUUUGUUUGUGCCAUAUGAAAUCAAAUUGGAUAAUGCCUGCUCAAAAAUAAAUGUAUGUCGUUUGCUAUUUUAUUUUCUCAAGACAUGAAUUGAAUGUAUACAGUAGUACAUCAGAUUCAAUGUACAGGCUUACUUACUGUGAUUAAAUGGUCUGUGUGUGUGUGUGUGUGUGUGUGUGUGUGUGUGUGUGUGUGUGUGUGUGUGUGUGUGUGUGUGUGUGUGUGUGUGUGUGUUUCAAUGUACACGCUUACUGUGAUUAAAUGGUUUAUGUG